AUCGAGACUACCAUGAUUACAGAUGGAAAUGUUAAACUGUCUGUAGUGAAAUAAAAGUGAAAGUAAAAGUAGAUGUAAACAAACUUAUUGUGGUGUGCAGGUCAUGCUAGUGUGUAGUAUUGAUUGUGUAGUCUAAGAGUAGUCUGUAAAAAUGGCACAAAGCGAGAUCACAAGGAGGAAAAAGAAAAAAGACGACAAAUGGAAGCCAGAUGUUGAGGGGCAUCAUGAAGACCAUCACUUUAAUUUGAAUGCUGACGAAGAGGCAAUUAAAGACUACCAAUUUAUUAUACAUGUUGAUGAUGAUCCAACCAAAGAUCCUAUGUAUGAUCAAAAACAAGAUUUACUGGACGAAUGUAAAAAAUUAUUAGGAACCACGUUAUCAGGAAAAAGGCCUCUGAAUAUUGCAGUUUUAGGGCCCCCUGGCUGUGGAAAAUCUGCAUUCCUUAAUACAGUGUUUGCUAGUUUAAGCAACGAUCGGUGGAGAGAGCAUGCCAAACAUGGAAGUUUUAGUUCCAUUGGUAAACAAGUAACUAGACGACUUAAAAGCUAUAAAAAGGAAGUCUAUUACAAAGAAACGGAUACAGUUUUAAUGCCUACGUUUAUAGAUAUGACUGGAUUCGAAAACGAGGAUUCAGAACUGAACAGAGAACUUUUAAACAUAAUUUUGAAAGGAAAAAUGAAAGAAAAUGAACUCCUCUCAGAUGUCAUUGAAUACGGAAAGAAAUACGGAGGAAAUGCCUUAAGAAUGAAAUACAGUUCCAGACUUGUUUACAAACGGGUAGACCGUAUUAUAGCUGUCUGUUCGUGUAACCCGUUGUCUAAUUUACCACGUGCUUUGUUUGAGACGAUAGCUGAAAUCGCCAGUAAUAAAGACAUAACCGUGUAUGGUGUCAUGACACAUGCGGAUGCAUUCUCAACAGAGGAUACCAUUACAGAAAAAGAGGCAAACUUUCGACAUUUACUGGGUAUACCGGAUACAAGGUUUGUUCGGAUUAAGAACUAUUGUUCUGAUGUGGACCCUACUCAUGCAUUCCUUAAAACUGUAAUCCCAACGUUGGAUGUUCCAGUCCUUAAGCUGAUGACACAGGUUUUACCACGGGAGGACAAUGAUGACGUUGAACCCGAGCCCGACCCUGAAUAUAUUAACCUAGACUACGUUUACAGAUAUUGGAAGCAUGCAUCGUUACUCGUAGUAAUAAUACUAGUGUUUCUGUUUGGAAUUACGUUUAGCAUUAAAAUUAUUAUUUCGCUGAUAAUUAUAUUAUCGCCAAUUGUAUUUUUGGAAAUGAGUUAUCGAAGCCUCUAGACACACCAUAAGUGAUAAACAGUGUUUAUUUCUGCUUAUAUUAUUGUUAAGGGUAAUAUGAAUGGGGGUUAACAGGAUAGAGAGUAAAGGGAAAAACAUAAAAAGAAAACAGAAUUAUAAUAAAUUUAAAAAAAUAAAGAAUAGAGAACGUAUAAUACAAUUGAAUUGCAUGUCUCUAUGAGGAUAAUUUGGUGCUUGAAUAUAAGAAUUAGAGAAUAAAAGGUCAAAAAAGUAAAACGAAAAUAGAAAAUGGCAUAAAAACUAAAGAAUACAGAAUUAAGAAGCCGUCCAUCCAGACCCUCUUUGUUGAUCUGGUCGAAAUGCCAUUGUCAAAACAUAAAAUAUCCAUCGGUAUUUGAAUCAGUCAGUCAUUAAAAAUAAAACCUCUCAGCGCUCCCGUUUCUGAUAUAUGUCGCGUGGAAUAUCUGUUCUUUGUUUUUUGUUUGGCUGUUGUGAUAGUGGUCGUUUGUUUCGUAAUUUUGCUUUUUACUUUCUGACUUUGUUUUUGAACAUGUUAAAUUGUAAGCCUUUCGCACACCACUUCUUGUGUCAUUCGAUUCUUUCUGUAACGAUCUUACCAUACAGCUCUUCCUGUAGUUUUAACACUUUCUCAGUGUGUCUAUAACAUUUAAUGCAUAUGUAAAAAAAAAAAAUGUUCCGGCGUGACAUUUGUUUCGCCGGAACAAAUUUCAUAGGAAAUAUGUUCCAUCGGAAUUUAUAUCACAGAAAAUUUGUUCCAGCAUUGUAAAACUGAUUUUUUUACCAAAUGUAAAAUAAGUUCUAGAACAAACUCAUAGCUCCUUUAAUUAUGUUCCAAUUAAUAUCAAAAGUUUAAAAAAAAGUUUGUUUUUUUUUAAAUUAGUUCCUAUAUAUAUGACCUAUAUACUAUUAAACGAGAAGACCUCAUUUUGUGUGUCGCUUCUCUUCUUUCCACAAUAAAUUCAUCAACACGCCUCUGUGUCCUAUAGGUACAGUGCAUAGUCGUAUUUGUCAUCCAUUCAUAUGAUUAUAUUCAGAUUGAGUUAUUUUGGGAAAAAAACGAGAAUAAAGGUGUCAGACCACCAAUUAAAAAUCCCUAUCUGUUCAACCAAAUUUUGCAAUUUUCACAGCUUUCUAAAUUUUUUACCUUAAGUUUAACUUCGAGGAAACCAGGUAUAUCCUGAAUUGUACAUGUAUCACCUUCCUACAUGCCAAUUUUCAACCAAUGUUUAAAGUCUUGUAACAAAUUUCUGAUUUUGAAAAGACAGGUACUACCAAAAUAGCUCCCGGCUUUUUGGAAAUCUUAAAUUAGUGUACUAUGUAGCGCAUUAAUCCUGAAUUUUUAAUGCAAACUCAUAGACAAUAUUUACUUACUUAAAUGUUCAUAACAUACUAAACGUAUGUUCAUAUUGAAAUUGAUAGAAAACCAAAAAUUGGGAACUUUGGAAAUAAAGGUGGAGGGAUAAAAAAAAACAUUUUCCUGUCCCAAAUAACCUAUGAAUUAUGAUACUUUUGCUGAAAUUCUCCAGUCAUUCAGUAUUUUACAGUUACAAAAUUCUUCCAACAAUACUUUACAGACUUUAAACUACGCUCUGAAUGCCCGUGACUUUUCGGGUGUGUUCUAGUUAGUUUUAAAUGAACAUCUUCAUAUUUCAUAGAAAUCAACGAAUAAGUCCUGCUCAAACCUAUUUCACAGAAAAUAAGUACCUUUGCAAUAUAUUGUAAAGAAAAACAUUUUCUUGUUCCUACACUUAAAUUAUGAUGCAAAGUAAAUGCUGUGCUGAGUGACUGUGCUCGCAUGGGAUCCAUUUGCAAUGGAAGACAUGACUAUAACUAGGAUGAAGAUACGAAAUAAAAUAAAUGGUAAUUUAUCAUACUUUGUAUUUAAAUGUGUAAUGUGAUAUUUCUCCUUGGUCCCUGUUACUGUGGAUUUAUUUCAUUAAUAUUCGUUGGAUACCAAUUUUCGUGGGUUUCGUGGGUUCAGGUGAACCACGAAUUCAAAUGUUCAACGAAUACAUGUAACAUACUUUCAAAAGACCUUGUAUACAGAGAUUUGCAAAACGAAGAAAUCAAAUAUCAACGAAAAUGAAAGUGUUCAGCUUUCCACGAAAAUUGAUACCCACGAAAAUAAAUGAAUUCACAGUAUUUGGCAUAGCCCUGUGUUCUAGUCAUACAUGUAUAUAUGUGUUAUGACGAAAUUGUGUGAUGCAUUGUGAGUGGAGUGUGAGGGCCUCAAGGGAGAAUAGCGUCUUUACUAAUUGAGCAUACUACCCUCUUUUAUUAUUAUAACUUAGGUCUUGGCACAGUUUCAAACGAGUGUUUCGUUUGUUCUACAUGUCUUUUGAGAUAAUUGAUCAGUCACUUUGUCAUUUUCAAAUUAGAAUAGUGCAUAUGUUUAUCUUAAACUUUACAAUUAUAUGAAUGAUUUUUCUUAUUCUUCUCUUUUCUGACUCAGAAGUGUCAUAUUGAUAUGUUUUAUAGAGUAUAUAAUUAAUCAUUUGCUAUACUCCCCAUGAUCCCGAUUGGAUGAUUUACACUUUUUGUUUAGUAUGUUACAAGUAUAAUCGUUC